GUUCUAUCUCCGGAAUCGAACCGGAAGUAUCUUUUAAAGUCUGAAUUUUAGGUUAUAAAGUCUCCACUUGACGAAAACACGAACAACAAUAGUUCAACGAUAUUCCAUUAAAUAGAAUGAUUGUUAAAACUUCACGAACAGUAACUUUCUUUCUUUAAUCUUUCAUUGGGUAUCUAUUAACCCCACAUUAAUAAAUAAUUCAAGAUGCAGUGGGAGACAUUUCUCCAGGCAAUUCACCGUAAACUCCGGUCGACCCACCCCGAAGAAAAAAUAUACAAAUCGAAAACAGAAAGUGAAGUAAUUUCCCUAAUUUCCAAUAAUGAUGACGUUCUGGAUUUAAUUUCCUCCUGGCUGCAGGACCAGUACAGACACAAGUCCUCAAAAUCGCCCGAAACUGCCAAAAGGUUCAGGGACAUUGGGAAUGAUUCUUUCAAGAAAAGAGACUAUGUCAAAAGCCUUACCUCAUACACAGAAAGUGCAAAAUUUUCAUCAGUAGAUGAAGACGAUUUUUCCGUAGUGAUUGCCAACAGAUCUGCGAGCCUAUUUCACAUGUGCAGAUAUCAGGAGUGUCUCGAGGACAUUGAAAUGGCAAUUGAAGCAGGAUAUCCCCAGAAACUAAUGCAUAAGGUUUAUCUGAGGGCGGCCCAAUGUCACAUCAAGUUGAGAGAAUCGAAAGCUGCAGAAGAGGAACUUAGGAAAACUAGAGAUUCAAUCAAUUCCAACAGAAGCCUCACGGCAAGUGCCAAAGAAACUUUAUUGAUACAAGUGGAUGCACUGUCUCUCGACCUCCAAAAAAUUCCCCCAUCAACAAAACUGACUACGAACGAUCCCCAAGAGGUGAUAACUCCAGAAAAAUUGAUGGAAACCAAUGCAAAUUACCCCUCAGCCUCGCCAUCACUGACUCGAAAUCAUUCCCCAACUCGAGGGAGGUUCGUAACUGCAAUGAAACCAAUAAAAAAGGGGGAGAUACUAUUCGUAGAGAAGCCCUUUGCAUUUGUCCCUCUGGACCAUGAGACUUCAAAUUUAGUGUGUGGAAAUUGCUGUGGAGGUUUCCCCGGCGUUUCUUACCCAUGCAGGGGCUGCAUUGAGGUUUCUUAUUGUUCUCCGAAGUGCUGGAGGGAGUCCUGGGGGCUGUACCAUCGAUGGGAAUGCCCUGGGUACGAAAUGGGCAUCUGGAGACAGAUCGGAAUUGCACAUUUGGCUGUUAAAGUUUUAUUGGCUUCUAGCACUACUAAAGAUAUUGAGAAAUUUAAUGAGGUGCAGAAACUUGUGACGAACAUUGAGAAGUUGUCGGACGAUGAUUUGAUGGUCUACAGUAUUACUGCCCUCAUGCUCUCUCAAUACCUCUACGAUCACACAGACUUUUCGCGUGAUAUGGACCUGAAAAAAUCAAUAAUUGAAAAGUUCCGAUCCAACGAAAAUGGACGGACCGCUGAAAUUUUCACUUUGUCCCAGAGAAAAAAAUUUCUCGCCAGUUUGCUGUUGCAACAUAUGCUCCAGCUAAUUGCCAAUGGCCAUGCAAUCACGCGACUUAAUUUAAUGAAUUCAGCAAAAGGCAAUAUCGUUGAUGAACAACAGCAGAGAAUUGCCGUUGGGAUUUAUCCAUCCGUCAGUAUGAUGAAUCAUUCCUGCGAUCCAACAAUUAUGAACACCUUCUGGAACGAUUAUUUAAUCGUUAAAUCGAUAAAAGACGUCGGAAUUGGGGACGAAAUCUUCAACUGCUAUGGACCGCAUUUCCGUCGUAUGUCGGUGGAGGACCGUCAGAAGGCCCUAAAAAGCCAGUACUGCUUUCAAUGCAAGUGUCUGUCAUGCACAGAUACCGAUCUACAAUGUUUUUUGGAUCGUUUUACUGCAUUUAAAUGUUCCUCCUGUUCGGGCCCCCUCAAUAAAGCCUUCGUUUGCCUGGAAUGUCACAAUUCAACGAAGAUUGAUGUGGUCUCCCAAACGAAGGAUUUAGAAACAGCACAAAACCUCUUCGCCUUAUCCCAGGAUCUCCAAGACCUCGGGAAAUUCGAGGAAUCCAAGAGAAACCUUUUGCAAUGUCUAAACAUCCGCAAGAAAAUUCUUUACCGUCACCACGAGGACGUAGCAAUAACCCUAGACUUUCUGGGAAAGGUCUCAGUGAUGAUGGGCCAAUGGCUGGAGGCUAUAGCGUAUCUUGAGGAGAGCAUAAUGACGGUUGAGGAGAAAUUCGGCAGCGAUAGUAUCGAAGUUGCUAACGAAUUGAAUAAAAUCACUGACGUUUGCGUUCAGUAUCUCCAGAAGGACAUGAAGAGAAGGUCGGAGAUUUACAAAGAUAUACUGAAGAAGACCCAGAGGUUUCUAGAUCGCGCCGAGAAGAUAACGAAUCUUAUUAGCGGACCUUGGGACAGUGCUUACAUGGAAUUGAGGGAGAAGAAAGAGGAGCUAGAGGGAAUGUUCGAGUGUCUUCAUGUUUGAUUUAAAAGCGAUAAUGAAUCAAUAACUGCAAUUGGAUGGAGCAAUUUUGGGAAAACAUGAAUGUGGGGUGUUUGUUCGCCUCAUUAAUUGUAAUGAAUUUUCUGUGAUAAUUAAUUGAUGGAAUACAAUGAGUCACUGCAGCAAUUGUAAAGAUGAAAAUAUCUGUUUAGUAACCAGUCCUAGGAAGGGAUGCCCAGUUUUUACAUACGACAAUAUUCUCAAUGAUGUAGAUAUCUGAGGUUUUUUACGAUUUUGGUUUUUAAACAAAAUAUCUGGACAAUAAAUUUUCGAGAGUCGAUACAACCAAAA